UCUCCUAGUUCCAGUUUCAACGUCCGUGUAUUUUCAAUAUGGCUGACGUUCUUCAAGCAAUAGAAAUGCAUUUACUUAAGAUGGCUGGUGAAUGUGUUGAUUUAAAAGUCGAUUAUGAAAGAUUCCAAUGGACUAUCGAACACACGACAGGUGAAGCAACAUUUUGGCAAAUUGUGCAAGAGCUAGUUGAGUUGUUACAGACCAAGUUAAUGGAGCAAUCAAAGCUGAGUCAAUGCCUGGAUGGAAAAAGUAUUUUACGCCAAAGUCCUAGUUCAUCUUUUGUACAAAUCACAGCUAAUAAGGCCGAGAUAGAUAGGAGAAUUGCUGCGUUUGUCAGUAAAAAGCAACUUGAUGUUGAUUUACAUAAUCAGCGAGAAUUCUGCAAUCUUCUCAAAACAGAAAAUGAGUUCAGCUGUGCCAGGGUUGAUGCUGUAUUCUUGCCAAGAGUUGGACAAAAUAGUCAUAUAACAGUUACAAAUGCUGAUCACGAAGAUAAAAUAAUGAAGUCUGACAAUGUUACAGUAGAUACAAUGUUGUACUCCAUCCCUGUAAAACGGCAAAAAACAUCAGAAGAUGUUGAAGAACUACCUUCUGGAGUAGAAGAACGCCUGCAUAAUAUCGAAUCACAUCUUCAUCUUAAUGUUAAUGCUGUGCCUAAACCUGUUUUCUCACGUAUCAAGAGUCUUGAAAAAAAAAUUCUUUAUUUGGAAAGUCUUUCUCCUGAAUAUUUCAGUUUCCAGAGUGCUAAUGAAGAAAUGUUAUCAAAACGAUACGUAACCGGGGAAACGCGACCAAACGCGAAUAUAUAUUUCGAUAACAAUUUCAAUGAUUUGGAUAUUGACGAGAGAAUGUCAAAGCUUAAAGAUAAACUUCUUUCGGAAAAAUCUCCGAAGACAAAAUGACUGUCAAAAUGUCACGUGAGCACGAUUUAACCAAUCACCGUAUGACAAUGCACAAAGAACUAGUUUCGUUUUGUGCACACAAACAAAGAGCGAUAAUGAAAUUAAAAUUUCUGACCAAAACUUAUUUGCCAAGUCGUUCAUGUGCUGUCCGGCCAUCAUAACAAAUGUACUUUGAUGAGAAAUUCUUAUUUGUCUUGUUUUUCCAAGACUUUAAUGUCAGCGUCAAAGCAUUUGUUUAGUGCGUUUGAUGAUUGGAUUAUGGAAGAUUAAGACACGUUGAUAACCUGUUAAGCUGUUUAGUCAACUACAUUUUACUUUUAUUAGCCAGUUUAGGCAUGUUUAUGACGAAAGCAAGGGCUUUUCUUUAUGAUAGGCGGAUAGCCAAAUUACUUCUAAUAUCCAACAUGCGCGUGCGCAAAGGAUUUCAUUUUUGUUGAUCACUGUUGAAAAAUGAAGAAUGUCUGAAUGAUACGAAUUUUGUUUGACUUGUUACCAGGUUGCAAUUUUGCGAUUAAUAUUGUGAGCUAUAUAUCAUCGUAAAAGAUCACUUCAUAUUU